UGCAACGUUGCCAACGACAACGGGUACUGCGUUCAUCUGUUGCUGAGUGUUUCAGAGACCUUGCCUAACGUUCACUAAUAUUCGCGUUAAAAUAGUUUUUAAUUCCGGUUUCACAACAUAAACAGACGGAUACUCACUUCCGGUGUUUUGACGUCGCUCUGUAGCUUUUGUUAAAGCGAAAAAGACAUUUGGCGUGCGAAUAAAUCGUGUUAGCCAAUUAGCUUGCUAGCUAACGUUAGCACGUAGAGCUAAUCUCAUUGCUUUAGAUAAUCCCAGUCUCUCUUCGCCUUUAUUGUCGCCUUUAAAUCGGAAGGAAAGUUGUGAACAGCAGAAAGUGGACUGUAACUAAUGACCCCUGUAGUUUUGUGACCUGAUAACCUACGUGGAGGAACUGCUCCAUACUUUCCUCCUCUAAGAGAAGACACCCAGUGAAGACAGACGAUGGAGAUCCAUCUUAAUCGAGUGGAUUAUAUUCAGGUUGGUGUGACAUCCCAGAAAACAAUGAGGCUGCUUCCAGCACUGGGAAAAAAGGCAACCCAAAAGGUUGCUGUUGCUGAUCAUGAUGGUAUACUGACAUGUUUUGGGAUGAAGAAGGGAGAAGCAGUGCCCGUGUUUAAAACACUUCCCGGGCAGAAAAUAGCCAGAAUGGACCUUGGAGGAGCUGCAGGAACUCCUCAGGAGAAGAUCUUCGUUUGCUCUGGUUCUCAGGUCCGAGGAUUUACCAAGAAAGGCAAACAGUUCCUCACCUUUGACGCCAACCUUACUGAGAGCAUUAACGCCAUGCACGUCUCAGGCGCUGACCUCUUUGUGUGUGCAAGUUACAUCUACAACCAUUACUGUGACUGCAAGGACCAAGACUACUACCUCUCCGGAGACAAAAUCAAUGACAUCACAUGUUUGUCCUCAGAAAACCUGACUCGCCUCGUCCCAGUCCUGGCCUGCCAAGAUCGGGUUCUCAGAGUCCUGCAGGGGUCUGAGCUCGCCUAUGACAUUGAAGUCCCUGGCCCUCCAUCUGUCUUGGAACAGUACACCAAAGAUGGAGGAGAGGAGAUCCUCUACGGAACAACAGAUGGCAAAAUAGGAUUGGUCCAGAUCGAUGAGUCCUCAGCUGCGACCAAAUGGGAGAUUGACAAUGACAAAAAGAAAGGAGGAAUUCUUUGCAUUGACACUCAUGACAUUAUUGGAGACGGAGUGAACGACAUCCUGGUGGGCAGGGAUGACGGGACAGUUGAGGUCUAUGGUUUCGACAGCACCAAUGGGCCCACGUUACGCUUUGAGCAUGUGUUGUCAGAGAGCGUCACUUCAAUCCAGGGUGGCUGUGUGGGGAAGGAAUCUUAUGAUGAGGUCUUGACUGCUACUUACACAGGAUGGGUGACAGGUUUGACCACUGAGCCCCAGAAGGCUGAGGCCGGCCCUGGAGACGAGGUCAGGAUGAGUAAGGAGACCCAGUCCAAAGUGGAGGCACUCAGGGCAGAGCUGGAGCAGCUGCAGGUCAAAGUCCUGCAGGGCCGUGAGCAGUACCAGCAGACCUCCCAGUCGAGCACAGCUGUCUCUGCUGUGCCCAUCUUCAGCAUCAAUGACAAGUUCACCCUCUGCCAGGAUGAUGCCAGCUACAGCCUCACUCUGGAGGUGCAGACUGCCAUCGACAAUCUGCUGCUCCAGAGUGACGUCCCCAUAGACCUGCUGGAUGUGGAUAAGAAUUCAGCUGUUGUCAGUUUCAGUGAAUGUGAUUCAGAGCAGCCUAAUGGAAACUUCCUCCUAGCCACGUACAGAUGCCAGGCUAACACUACAAGACUCGAGCUCAAGGUGAGAUCCAUCGAGGGACAGUAUGGGACCCUGCAGGCUUACAUUACCCCCAGACUGCAACCCAAGACAUGCCAGGUCCGACAGUACCAGAUCAAACCCCUGUCCCUCCACCAGCGGACACACAGCAUUGACCAAGACAGGCCCAUGAACAGGCUCAGUCUGGUGGGACAGUUCAGUUUUGCUGAGAUUCACUCCUGGGUGGUUUUCUGUUUGCCAGAGGUGCCUGAGAAAACACCAGCAGGAGAGAGCAUCACUUUCUAUUUCCACAACACUUUUCUUGGGACACAGCUUGAAGCCACCUACUGCAAAGGGGAGGGUCACUUCAGGUCAGACAACAUCUCUACCAUCUCCAUACUGAGUGAUGUUCUCUCUAAAGAAGCCACCAAGAGGAAAAUCAACCUGAACAUUUCGUAUGAUAUUGAUGAUGACUCUGUGAGCCACACUCUGAAGAUGAUCCAUCCAAAGCUGGAGUACCAGCUGUUGUUGGCUAGAAAAGUUCAGCUUAUUGACGCACUUAAAGAGCUUCAGGUUCACGAGGGGAACGCUGACUUCCUCAUCCCGGAGUAUCGUGACAUCUUGGAUGACUCCACUAAUCUCCUCGAGGAGUACAAGAAGCAGCCAGCGCAUCUUGAGAGGCUUUAUGGAAUGAUCACAGACCUCUUCAUCGACAAAUUCAAGUUCAAAGGCCAGAAUGUGAAAACAAAGGUGUCCUCGCUGCUGGAGAUACUUGAUAAUUAUGACUUAAAUUCUCUGUUAGACUUUUUCAACGAGGCGUGAGAUCACAUGUAGAUCAGAGGGUGUUUAUUUAAUGUCUUUGAGCGUCUCUAUCUGUGCUAUUUUUGUAUUGUAAAUACAAAGGUUUUGUUUUACGAUAGUCUGUAGCAGUGUCAGUGUCAUGUUGUCAUUUAGAUACUGUUUGCCCUAAUUAUGGUGUAUAAUAUAUUUAAUAUUUAUAAUGUAUUUUGAUAGCAUUAAAAGGUGAUAAUUAAUAAACCACUUCAAAGUUGCAAAAUUUCAGUGACCAAAUAAACCAGUUCCACAGAA